AAUCACGUUUUUUUUUAAGAAAAAUAUUUUUCCAAUGACUGCAUUUGGGUGUGAAGCUUUAAUGUCUGCCAAUGCUGCUGUUAUUGUUGUUAAGGUUUUAUAACAUUUCAAGUUAAUUCAACUGUGGUGAAUAUUUUUCGGGGGACUGUUUCGUGUGAGUUUUUUUGAUGGCCGUGGUGGUGGUCAGAGACACGAUCUGGUGAAGGAUCCAGUGACAAAGCUCCGCAUCUGCUGACGAGGAUCCCGAACUGCUCACCUGUCAACAUCUCAGCGAGCAGCCCAAGCGAAGCAACGCAGCGAUAGCCCAACGACAUGGACGCCUCCGGGGGCCCUCGGGGUGCCCAAGAUCCAGCAGUUCUUCCUCAACAUUACGACCAUGCCCUGCAAUCCCCACCAACACCCUCGCAACGGACCGAGAGCCCCCGGUCCCCCGAGGACUGGAGUCUGGGUGACGGCGCCGAUGGACGGCGCUCUGCCGGGUUGACCCCGCCGGCCACCGCGUGUCCGACCGGUCGCCAGAACCAGGUGUCGACUGUGAACCUCCACGGCGUGCCCAUCGUCUCCCUCAACAUCGACAACAAGGAACGACUGUGCCUGGCUCAGAUCUCCAACACCUUGCUGAAGGACUACAGCUACAACGAGAUCCACAACCGCCGCGUGGCGCUGGGCAUCACGUGCGUGCAGUGCACCCCGGUGCAGCUAGAGAUUCUGCGGAGGGCAGGCGCCAUGCCUGUCUCCUCCCGCCGCUGUGGCAUGAUCACCAAGCGCGAGGCCGAACGUCUCGUCAAGUCCUUCCUCGAGGACUCGGAACCUCCCAAACUUCCCGAGGGCUUCGCUUUCCAGGUGUACCACGAGUGCGGAUGGGGUUGUCAUGGAUAUUUCGAGCCUGCCCGCUACAACAGCUCCCGCGCCAAGUGCAUCAAGUGCGGCUUCUGCAGCGUGUACUUCUCCCCCAACAAGUUCAUCUUCCACUUCCACCGCACGGCGGAGGCCAAGUACCACCAUCCUGAUGCCGCCAACUUCAACUCGUGGCGACGACAUCUCAAGCUCGCUGCCUCCGACAUGGAGAACGAAGUUCACCUUUGGGAAGAUGUCAAAGCCAUGUUCAAUGGCGGGACAAGAAAGAGGAUAUUCUCCACCUCCAGAUCCAGGCUCCCUUGUGGACUGUCUGCAGGUUCCAGCUGCCCUCGAUCGGAGCCACCCAUGACUGCCGACUUGAACAAGAAGUCCAGCAAGGUGAACAGCAGCAGCAACAGUGGCGAGAUGCAGGUGACCAACAAACACCCGUUCUCCAAUCACUUCUCACCCUACCCGUGGUACGGGCCGGGUCCGAAGCCAUCCUACCCGUUCGUCUCAGUCAACACCUCGCAGUCCCUGUGCUUCGGGUUUCCUCCCUCUGCCGCCGCGGGGGGCAAGGACGGGGUGGUGGCAGCAGCAGAGCACCCACCCAUCCUUAAAGGGGGAGUAGCCCCCAUGUCUGCUCCCUGGCUGGGACGCACCCCACUGCCUUUCUCGAACCUGGACGCUUUCUGGGACAAGGCGUUUGGACUCCCUCGCCCUCUGGGACCAGGCCUCAGAAGUAUGUAUCCUCCCUCGAUCGCCAAGGCUCCCAGCGAAGGACCGCUCAACGAGUGUCUGGGAGGAGGUAUUGAGGGGAGGGGCGAGCCCGGGGAGAGGUCCUCCUCGGACGACGGUGUCAGCGAACGAAAGCGGCCGCGGAAGGAUUCGUUCAGCAUGAAUGCCCCAAACGGACAUCAUGUCCCUCACUAUCGGCAGGGAUCCGUUCUGAGCGACAGGCUGUCCGCGUUCAGACCAGUCGGACGCAGCACCGCCACCCCCACGAGGACGACCACAGCAUGUACGUCGACGAGGACGACGAGGACGAUGAAGAGGAAGAAAGAGUCGUCGACGAGGAGGACAACGAGGAGAUCGAUGAGCCUGAAGAGAUCGACCUUGCGCGACAAUGGAAUACCCGGCACGGCAGCCGACGAUUCCGGCAUGUCAGAUGAAUCCGAGGGAGACGCUGAGAAUGAGGACAAUCCGUUACUUGCCAUGUCCAAAGAAGAACUGUGUCAUUCUCUAAAGAAAGAACUUUGUUACCGGAAGAGAAGAGAGAAGGAAGUCAGUCUGUUAAAAGAAACCUUUCAAGAGGAAGUGAGCCGAGAAAAAGCCUUCAGGGAUCAGAUGGCCAGGCAGCUGGAAGUGCUAAGAGAAACUCUGACCAGCGAGCUAGAGCAAGAAAGAAAGGUUCGCUUCUCCCUUCAACAAAAGCUAAAGGAGGCCCAUGAUGCUCUGCACAGCUUCUCGUGCAGUAUGCUGACCGCGGCACGUGACUGCGGGUUCAAGGACACGAUGCUACCCCGAUGAAGAGGGUUAAAGACAAUAUACACUUUACAAUUUUUAAAAAUCAGUUCAUGCAAAGAUAUAAUUAUCAUGUAAUGAGACGUCGGCAAAAAAGGUUCAACCUCGGGUGUAGCCGAGACAACGCGUUGAUUUAUUGUUUGGGAUGACUUUUGGGUUAUUUUUAGUUCGAAUGGUUAUUUUUAGCUCGAAUGGGAGAUCGUUGGUUUGAUCGACUAAUAAUGAAGAUCAACAGAUUAUUAACGAUUACCUGUGUGGGUCUUCGUCAAGAAGAAAAAAAGAGUGUCUUCUCGGAAAGAUGAAAGAUUAUGAAAAGACAGCAGACGAAUGUCAAGGGGCACAGACAGACAGACAGACAGACAGACAGACAGACAGACAGACAGACAGACAGACAGACAGACAGACAGACAGACAGACAGACAGACAGACAGACAGACAGACAGACAGACAAACAGGGAUGGAGGAAGGGGGCAAAAGGCACAGAAAUAGAUAUUGUUGUUGUCGUUGUUGGUAAUGAUGGUGAUGUCACACUGUGGAGGCAGUGUUUGAAACGAAGGGAAUGAUUAUUCUGAUAGUUGUGUUAGUGAGUGUAAAUAUUUAGAUAAAUAUAAUCACAUAUAGGCGUUUGAUGCGUUUUGAUGAGCUUUACGCAUGAAAUACCGCUUUUACAGUUGUAAACAUGAGGUACAUGCUGUAAAUCUGGUUGUCAUCACAGAGAGAUGAAUGUGUAUGUGUGUGUGUGUGUGCGUGUGUGCGUGCGCGCUUUUUUUAUGAGUUUGUAAAUGAAACAAGGUUGAGAGAAUGACGAGGGAAAGAAAGAGUAAAGGAACGACUCAAAUAAAGAAUGAAGGAACGAAAGAUUGAGAGAAGAAUGUUUAUAUUUUACUUUGCAACAAUGAUGUGACUCAAGAAAAUGAAAAAGACGAUUGUGACUGGCAUGGACUCGGCGACCCUUUGAAUGAUUUCCGCAACUUUUGUUCCGACCGCAGCCCUGUCACCCCCUGUACCAAUUCUUCCACGCGCCAAAAGUAGGACUGUUGGGACUGUCCUCCCUCGAACCGAUCCACAUCUUUUUUAUAAAAUGGUCUGCCAGGAUUUUGAUCUCCAGUUUUGCAUUUUUUAAAAAAAACAACCCAUUGAUUUACCAUUUUCCUGACUUGUUUGAUGUUUGUUGUACGUCUAGGUGAAAUACUUAUGUGUUUACUCAGUCAGGGAACCGGUUUUAUUUAAGAUGAUGAUGGUGAUGAAACGGAAGGACAGAAUGUUGGGGACGAUGAUGAUUUUUGUCAUUUUUGCCAAAAACAAGAGGCAUUGAGAACAUUUGUGUACCCCACCGCCGUGACCAUGCACUCUCUGACACCAACAUCUUGUCAACACUUUCACAUUCUUCGUUGCUCACCUCAGGGUAACUUUCUUAACCCGACCUCCGUGACCCCAGGCGGAGGAUUGCUGUAUAACCAUUUCGUCCAAGAUUUUUUUUUUGAAGUUCUAAACACUUUAAGUACUUUUAGUUGUAUACACCUUGGCUUGAGCUUUAAUAUUUUGAUGCCAACUAGCACAGCGACAUAUUUCCUGCCCAUUUGCUGAACGAUGAACUAUUCCAGAUGACAUGUGAUUCCUUUGCAGUUUCUUAUGCGCAUUUAUAUAUAAAUACAUCUACGUUUGUUUUUAUCCUGUGAAUAUAAAAUCUGUUGACAAAUAAAGCUUAUUAAGUCCAGCA